GCGCCACGAAGUGUUCAUGGUGCAGAAAAAUUGUGUAAUAAAUGUACGAAAGAAGUGAAAAUAUCAAUAACCUGCUCAAGAUGCAGCAAAUAUUUCCAUCCCAGUUGUGUGUUAAAGAUUCCUGGAAUGUAUGUGGGAGUUGAUGGUGAAGUUAUUUGUUGUGAUAACAUAACCUCAAAAAAUUGUCACUGUAAGGAGAAGGAUGCUGAAAUUCUCAAACUGAAGACCCGAAUUGCAGAUUUAAAUGAAGCCUCCUUCGAGCAAUCCAUGGUUGUAAACCAACUGUCAAAAAACAGUGGAAAUGAUUCGCUAAAUUGCGAUGAUGAGACUAAGUCCGUGAGUACAUUCAUUGAUGACGAAGACAGCAAAGAAACUGUUAUUGGGUAUUUGAACACAAUAAUUGAAGGAAAAAAUGAGCUAAUAAAUGAGCUAAAGGACAAAAUUAUGCUUUUGAAAGAGUACAAUAUUUCGAUUAAAUCGACCAUAAAGGGGCGUACUGCGCCAUCUAACAUACCAACUAAGGGUGAACUGACUCCCGUACUAGUGGAUCAACCUACCGAUAAACGUGACAAUCCUCUGGAUCUCGUAGAGGAACCUAUAUCCUUAGAAAAUGGUAAAACAUUAUCGGAGAAGAAAACUUUUCAGAAAGCGAAAGUUAGUAAACAUAAACAUAUCAUCACGCAUGAUGAUGUAAAUAUGGCUGAGGAAUCUAAAAACACGUCUAAAACAAACGAGUGGAAGAUUAUAAAUAGGAAGAAUAAAGGAAAUUCUAAGAAAUGGUCUAUUACAGGUUCUGGAAGUAACAACGACAUCAUGGCAACUCAAAGGCAAAUUCAACUCUUUGUAUCUAGGAUUUCUCCGUCCACAUCGAUAGGUGACUUUACAGCUAUGGUAAAAACAGAAAUUAAUGAAGCUGUAUGCGAGAAAUUGACUUCUAAAUAUCCGGAAAAAUAUUCAUCCUUUAGGGUUUCGAUAAAUGCGACAAGCUUCGAAAAGGCGAAAGACCCAAAUAUGUGGCCUGAUGGUUCUGUGGUAUCCAAGUUUUUUCAGAGCAGACAGCUUCAAAAAGAAAAGAAGUGAAAUCGAUGAUUUCUGAAGACUAUUACUCAGAUGCAUUCUGUGACUUAUUGUCAUCCUAUGGGUUUCGGCGAACCGUUUUUGAACCUACAAGAGGUAAAAACUGCCUGGACAAUAUUUUUUUGAAUUUUGGCUGUUCAGAUUGUCG